CCGGAUCCCUAACCCUAGCAGCAGGCUUGGGAGGAGGAGGAGGUCCCUUUUGUGUCAGUCUCCGCGAAGGUUGAUUUCCUUUGACGAGCGUACGUGCUUUGCGUUGCUUGCUCGUCCCCGUCGCUUGAAUUUGUUGCGCAGCCUCCGCGCAGAGUAGUGACAGCAGCCCGGCGCCAUGUUGAUUCCCAAGAAGAACCGGGUAGAAGUCUACAAGUACCUCUUCAAGGAGGGUGUCUUGUACGCCAAGAAGGAUUACAAUGCCCCGAAACACCCCGAGAUCGAUGUGCCCAACCUGCAGGUCAUUAAGCUUAUGCAGAGCUUCAAGUCUAAGGAGUACGUGAAGGAGAACUUCGCAUGGAGGCACUACUACUGGUAUUUGACCAAUGACGGUAUUGAGCAUUUGAGAACGUACCUCAACCUUCCGUCCGAAAUUGUGCCCGCGACUCUGAAGAAGUCUGCACGUCCCCCUAGCAGGCCCAUGGGUGGUGCUGGAGGUGACAGGCCCCCCCGUGGUCCCCCAAGGGAGGGCGAUAGACCACGAUUCGGCGGUGAUAGGGAAGGUUACCGAAGUAGUGGCGGCCGUGGAGGCGGUUUUGGUGGAGAGAAGGGAGGAGCCCCCGGAGAAUACCGUCCCGAAUUCCGUGGUGGUGGUUUUGGACGUGGAGGAGGCAGCAUGGGGGGCGCUUCUCCUGGUGGUAUUACAGAGUAGAGCUUUUUAGUGAGCUCUAUACACGUAGCUGUAAGGGACUGGAGACUAGCGUCAGUUUUGAAACUGUCUCGAAUGUGACUUUGCGAAUUAAAAAUGUGAGGAAAUGUUCUCAAUUCGAAUGGUUUCAAUGAGCUUUUCCUCUUAACGACCUGUU